CCCAAAAUGGACGAAAAUAGAAACAACCUUCUUUGUCUUAGACUGUCUACGAAAGAAUAAGCUAAUGGAAGUAAAAUCUAAUGCAUUCACAAACAUGCAUUUUGUUAAUCAACUGCCUGAUACCGCUUCUUUUCUCAGGUUGUAUGGAAGCAAGAAGUAUAAACAUAGUAGUUUCACACGAUUAUAAAUUUGCAGUUGAUGAUUAUGAACCCCAAGAAACAAUUAAACUAAAUAACAUUGAUGUGGACGUCAGACAGCAACUUGAAGAUAGUUUGAAGGAGUUUCAAAAGGCCUCAGAGGUUGCCAAAUUACCAACAAUACCUAAAUCAGUUAAUGGUUCAGUAGAUGAUUCGAUAAAAACAUCUGAUAAUCGAUACCAUACCUCAACUACAAUUACUUAUUAUAAAGACACACCGCAUCCAGAGGAUACAGACAGCCAUAAACUUCAUAAAAGGAAUGCCAACCUGGCACAGUUAGCCAACAAAAAUAUUCAAGGUUCUCCAACACACGUCGAUACUCAACAAGCCCAAGAAUUGUCAGAUUUUGAGAUUAUAUCUGAAGAGGAUAUCCUUAGAGGCAGAAAACAGAGAGUAAAGAGUAUUUUGAAGUAUUUAGGUUUAACCUUGUUAGCAGUUCUAGGUUUCUCGGUCGUCGCUUUCUGUUUCCUGACCGACCCAAAGAGCUGUAUAAUAGCUUUCGGUACAGGCAGUCCUUGUUGUUUAAUAAUAUGUCCCUGUAUUUUGCACUUUGUGAAAAGGUUUCUGACCCCCGGAGCUAUGAUUCGUGAUAACACUAAUAAAUUUAUUCCCGGUAUGAUGGUACAUCCUGAUGGUCGACUGGAAACAUACGACCCCACCCCAGAGGAGAUUGAAGCUAUUAUGGAUAUCGUUGAUAUUAUACAAGACAUGGCUUGAACUAGGAUGCAUUGCGGAUAUAUAUAUAUAUAUAUAUAUAAUACUUUUAUUUAUUAUGCAAAAGUUAUAAUUUUUAAGUAAAAUUCAAAUGGUAAACCUUAUGUUAAGAAGUGAUAUAAUAUUGUUAUUUAUUUAUUAGCACGAGUUAUUAAAUUUUAAAUCAUGAUUAUUUAGGCCUAGAAAUAAAGUUAUAAACCAAUUUGUAAAUUCGAACAGUCAUUUAUUGGCUUGACACACGUCUCGCGGGCCGUUAUUUGCACAAUGCUAAUUAUCCCCACGAUAACGUA